AACUAUGAAAUUAUUGAGUAAAUAUUCAGUUUCCAUCAUCUGUGUCAAAACACCAGCCGAUGAUCGUGAAUAAUAACACUGGUCAACAUGAUUUUUCUGGCCUGGAGUUUUUCAGUGGAUUUUUUGGUGAUUUGGGGGCACUGAAUCCAAAUCUGGUGUGAGUUUUUGCCAAUCACAUCAUGUUUUUGAGAUAUGAAAACAUAUUUCACGUAUGAAGCACUGAAGCAAAAGCCGUCGUCUCGCACACCUCCUUGGCGUCAUAAACGGUAUUACAACUCUUGUUCACAUUUUGCAAGCCUGGAUUAAAAACUAUGCUUGUGAAGUUGUUUUGUGCACGAGUGACGUCAAACUCGUGAGUGAAUGAGCAAUGUUUGUGUAAUCCAUCAAUACGGAACAUGCAGAUUGCAAAAAAAACAAAAACAAAACAAAACAAACAACAAUAGAGGAGAUCUGAGCUCAGAUUCAGAUUCAGCACCCAAAAUGACCCUAAAUCAGUUCUCAGUCUCAAAGAACAAGAAAAUAAAAUUUUUGUUUAAAAGUGGAAUUAACAUGUGAGCUAAUUGCUGAACUACGACGCUCUUUGAAUUCUCUAUUUUAAACUCACAUCAUCUGUUUAAGACGUACAGCUGUCGCGCCGACGCACAAUGUUGACAUGGAGUUCCUUGAAUCACUGAAUCCAGACAUGAAAUUUGAACUGAGCAUCAACUCUUAAUUUUAUGUUUUCACAAGAACUUCACUCACCUUUUCUCAGACUAAAAUAUCAAACAGUUAAAAUCCUAUUUGAUUGUGUAUCUGUCAGAGAUUUGCACCUUCUGUGUAAACGUGCACGUGCAUAUCAACACAUGCAGCAAGUUUUGACCUUUGCUCUGAUUUAAACCAGUAAACUGUCGCUCCUCUUCCUGGAAUGAAGCAGUCUGUUAAAAACUCCUCCCUCUUCUUGCUGUUCUCCCAAUCAGUGAGUUCUCCUCUGUUCAAACUCCGCCUCCUUCCUCAGUGCUGCUUUUUGUCAGAACACAAAGUGAAACUGUUCAACGUUCACUGAGGUAAAAUGGCGCAGGAAAGAAUUCAGCUGGACCGAGAAGCACUUUGCUGUUCCAUCUGUCUGGAUCUACUGAAGGAUCCAGUGACUAUUCCCUGUGGACACAAUUACUGCAUGAACUGCAUCAAGAAUGUCUGGGAUAGAGAGGAUGAGAAGAACAUCAGCAGCUGUCCUCAGUGUUGGCAGACUUUCACAGUGAGGCCUGUCCUGGUGAAAAACACCAUGUUAGCACAUGUAGUGGAGGAGCUGAAGAAAGUUGGUCUCCAAGCUGCUCCUGCUGAUCACUGCUACGCUGGACCUGAAGAUGUUUCCUGUGAUUUGUGCACUGGGAGAAAACUGAAAGCCUUCAAGUCCUGUCUGGUGUGUUUGGUCUCUUAUUGUGAGAAACACCUCCAGCCUCACUAUGAUGUCGCCCCGUUAAAGAAACACAAGCUGGUGGAGCCCUCGAAGAACCUCCAGGAGAACAUCUGCAGUCAUCACAAUGAGGUGAUGAAGAUGUUCUGUCGUACCGAUCAGCAGUGUAUCUGUUAUCUCUGCUCUGUGGAUGAACAUAAAGGUCACGACACGGUGUCAGCUGCUGCAGAAAGGACCAAGAGGCAGAGAGAGGUCGAGGUGAGACGACAGCAAAUCAAGGAGAGAAUCCAGAUCAGAGGUGAGGAGGUGAAGGUGCUCCAGCGAGAGGUGGAAGCUAUCAGUCACUCUGCUGAAAAAGCGGUGGGGGACAGUGAGCAGAUGUUCACAGAUCUGAUCCAACUCAUUGACAAAAGAAGAUCUGAUGUGAAGCAGCAGAUCAGGUCUCAGCAGAAAAUCGAAACGAGUCGAGUCCAAGAUCUUCAGGAGAAGCUGGAGCAGGAGAUCAGUGAUCUGAGGAGGAAAGACGCUGAGCUUCAUCAGCUUUCACAAUCAGAGGAUCACAACCAGUUUCUCCAAAAAUACCCCUCACUGACACGCCUCCCUGAAGCUACAGACUCACCCAGAAUCCAAACACGUCCUCUGAGGUACUUUGAGGAUGUGACGACGGCCGUGUCAAAGGUCAAAGUCAAGCUACAGGACAUUCUGAGUGAGGAACAGAUGCAGAUCUCACGUGCACAGACUGAAGUGGAUGUUUUACUGUCAGAAGCAGAAACAAAACUCAGAACUGAUUUCUUAAAAUAUUCAUGUGAAAUCACACUGGAUCCAAAUACAUCAAACAAACAUCUGAUAUUAUCUGAAGAAAACAGAAAAAUAAAAUGUCUGGAUCAGAAACUGUCUUAUUCUGAUCAUCCAGAUAGAUUUACUUAUUGGUUCCAGGUCCUGAGCAGAGAGAGUCUGAGUGGACGUUGUUACUGGGAGGUGCAGUGGAACGGGAAGAGAGUUUAUGUUGCAGUUACAUACAAGAAUAUUAAGAGAACAGGAUCCGAUAGAGAAUGUAUAUUUGGUAACAAUCAGAUAUCCUGGUUGUUAUAUUAUGAUGGCAGUAGUUAUAAAUUCACACAUAACAGUAUCCUGACUCCAGUCUCAGGUCGGCUGUCUUCCAGACUUGGAGUGUAUCUGGAUCACAGAGCAGGUCUUCUGUCCUUCUACAGCGUCUCUAAAACCAUGACUCUCCUCCACAGAGUCCAGACCACAUUCACUCAGCCGCUCCAUGUUGGACUUGGGGUUUAUGCUGUUGGAGACACUGCUGAGAUCUGUGAGCUCAAAUAGAGGAAAUAAAUUUCAAAUCAACCAAAGACUGAUGACACCAAACGAUACAACACAAUUUUUAUUUUUAUUUUCACCAGUUUUGCCUCAAAAAAUGCACAUCAAAAUAUGAUGUCAUCAGCUGCAGAUUUAUUUAAGAAAUUUUGUCAUUUUCACGUUGUGGCAGCUGUCAGCUGAGGAGGCAGAAAGUCUCCAACAACAUCAUUAAAACUUUCCUGAUUUGUUGCUGUUUCACACUAAUUCAUACUUUCACAGUUAAUUUGAAAGUUUUUCUAGAAGUGCAAAUAGUUGAUGUGUGUUGAAAAAAGUGAUCAGAAUGGACCAAGAACUUGUACCAAAGCAACAUUUGCCAGCGGGGGAUAUUGUUGUCUUGUUUUGUUUUUUGUGUCCUUUUUCCUGAGAGUCCGUUGCUUUUUCUGAUGUGCUCUUCGCUGAGAUCACCUGACACUUAAAGAAUGUAGUCGGGGCCGAGAGAGAUUAUUUUCAGUUUGUUUGAGUUUGUGUUGAUGUUGUUUCCUUUCUUUUUCUUGUGAAAGUGAGCAUUGUGUGGCUCUGACAGACUCUUUGAUCUACUCACAUAUUUGCUGCAAGGAAGAAUAUUUUUAUGUCCUGGAUCAAUGAUCAGCCUCCUACUAAAGCUAAUUCAUGUUGGAUAUAAUUAUGGAACACUUGCUUCACUCUACAAAGGGACACUUUGUGAGGAUCUCGACUCCAUAUUUCCAGUAUUAUUCUUGACAAACUUUUGGACUCCACUUUUUGCAUCUUAUUUCUUUGAAAUGUUCAAUCUUUGAUUGGAUAUGAGCCUUUUUAACGUGCUGUCGAUGUCUCAUCAUAAAAAGUAAAAAAAAAACAAAAAAAAAACCUUCAGCUCAAUCAAUGUGUCUCUCAUUUAAAAAAGUUGCACAAUGCAGUUUCUCCAUUCAAGGUCGGACAAGCCUAUAACUCCUUUUGAAUCGUCACUGUUGUUGUGGUGGCUUC